AUGCAGGGCAAGCCUCGACUCUCUCGGGCGGCCAAACCUGAGCGCGAAUUUUCGAGAUCGAUUUCGACCCGUACGACAACUCCCAGCGCCAGCCCGCGAGACGACGACAAGAUGGUCCUCGCAAAGAAGCACGUCCCCAUCGUCAAGAAGCGUAUGUCCUUCCUUUUCUCCCUGCUAGUCCCAGCCCAGUCCAGUUCCCAGCCAGAGUACGAUCCGUCGGUUGUCAGUCGUCCAGCAAGCAUGAGGAAUAUAUACGGCACCAAGCGUUUCUGGCGCCACCAGUCCGACCGCUUCAAGUGCGUGCCGGAGUCAUGGCGCAAGCCCAAGGGUAUCGACAACCGCGUCCGUAGACGCUUCCGUGGCAACAUCCCCAUGCCCUCCAUCGGCUACGGAUCCAACAAGAAGACCAAGCACAUGAUGCCCUCCGGCCACAAGGCUUUCCUCGUCCACAACCCCAAGGACGUUGAGCUUCUGUUGAUGCACAACCGCACCUACGCCGCUGAGAUCGCCAGCGCCGUCUCCUCCCGCAAGCGCGUCGACAUCAUCGCCAAGGCCAAGGCUCUCGGCGUCAAGGUCACCAACCCCAAGGGCCGCGUCACCACCGAGGCUUAAAUGGAUAUGGAAUGAAUGUAAAGAAAGCCCAAGAAAUUUCAUCAUUUUCAUUUUCAUUUUUCAUUAAAACUCUUUUUUU